UUCUAAACAGUCCGUAAUAGUCCUUACACCUAACCAAACACCAAGCGAGCGUCUUUCAUUGCUCGCAUAAUUGAUGUACUUUGUGAACUAAAUUUAAAAAAAUGGAAGACAUAGAUCUAGGUUUUUUGGCAGAAGGUAGUCUCAACCAAAGUGAUUUGCUUGACGUGGAAUGUAGUCGCAUUGGGGGACCUCCUUUACUACUCCGGUCGAAAGAUGUAACUUCUUUAAAGGAAAAAUGUGGUUCUAAUAUGGACCUUUUGUUACAAAUGUACGCUCCGAAGAACAAUGAUGGUUCAUUUCACCGGAUCAUUUAUGUCUUCGCAAGCAAUGAGGAUAAAGCUCUAGAGGAAGGAUGGACGAACGGGAUUCGUGUAUUCAGAGGUCAGGCUUCAGAAUCUGAAUUUGAAAAUCUUGAUCUUACAUUAGAUGACAAUGCGAAAUCAAAGCUUUGUGAUCCACGUGAAAUAGAGGUGGAUUCUGAACCAUCUAACGAAGCAUCGGAAAUCGAACCAAAAGUUCUUGAGAAUCUCACAGUGGAAACCGAAAAUCCAACAAACGAGCCUUAUACAAAACCUACUGGUGAUACCUCCUUUCUCAAAUUUCAGAAGCGUAUUUCCAGAGCCCCAGAUCAAAUACUACGCUAUUAUCAUUCUGAUUCAUCCGAGCCUCUAUGGUGUAAUAAGGAUGGAAUCCCUACCAAUGUUCCCAACUGUUCUUGCGGCGCAAAGCGGAUUCUAGAAACACAAAUCCUUUCUACUUUACUAACUGAAUUGAAUAUCGAUCACUCUUCGGAAAAUGCGCUUGACUGGGGUGUUCUUGCUAUUUACACAUGCUCUGAAUCUUGUGAUUUAGCAAAUAAGGGCAUCGCUGAAGAAGUAUGCUGGCUUCAGAAGUUUUCUGAACAAGGUAUAGAAGCGCCUGAGUAAGGGAAACGCGGUAGUAUUACACUUGGGUUAAGAGUUUGAUUUUGGUAUUGGUUACUUGGGAUUUUUGUUUUUAUUUUUAGCAAAAUUAAUUGACGCAUCAUUGACUUGUCCAUGCCGUUCUGUACACCAUCAAUUAUAAAACGCUUAUUUUCCGUAAAUAACAC